UCUAUCCCUAGGGUCAACAUCAUUUGCUUCCUGCCUCUGUCCUUUGUCAUUACAUCUAGAGGCCGCACCCUGCCUCUCACUCCCACACCAGCCAAUCUGGGGAUCCAGAGAAAAGAGUGGCAGACUCUGCUGUAGAGCACAGCUGACCUAUCAACAUGACGGAAGAAGUAGAAGACACCCAGAAUCUGAUGCCCACUGAAAGGAAGUCCUUCUGGAGGACAGCUGAGGAAAGACGAAUGUCUGACCUUACCCGGGUGCUGGAGUGGCUGGAGCGGAGGCAGGGCAAGAAGCGUGCCCUUCAGAAAAAGAAGGGCGAGACAAAGGGUGCAGAAGAGAAGGCAGGAAAGAAAAAUGAAGGCGCUAAGAAGAAGCUAGACAAAGGCAGCCGCAAAGUCACCUUCAACAAGAGCCACUACGUACGUCCUAUCAAGAAGAAGGAACCCAGCAUUUACCGCAAGGGAAUUCAAACAGACACAAAGGGCAAGCGUCUGAGCACGAUCUCUGCCAACUUCAAAAGGGAUAGCAAUAAGAAGUCUGGUUCACCUGGAUCCAGAAGAACAUCAGAGGGCACAGACAUAGACAUCAAGGAUGUUAUAGCCCUAGAAACCAACAGUCGGGUAACCUCCUUCCGAAGACAAAGCUCCGUAGAUCCUGGACUUCAGGACAGUAUGUUUGGCAGCCGCAGGGGAGGCCUCCUGAGAGAAUGGGCAAACAAAGCUAACGACAACAACUAUGAACGAAAGCUGAAGAGCCUCAUGGAGAAGGGCAUCGAGCCCAAGAUGGAGAAUGCCAAGAUGCUGAAGCCAGAGGAGGUGCUGAGCUGCCGGUACCUGCGUUUAUCCAAGAACAACAUCAAGACCUUAAUCAAGCUGUGCAAGGAUGCAGGGAUGGAUGUGGACAUCCACCCUCACAUGGUGGAGGCCGAGAUAGACGCAAAGAAGAUAUUCGGACAACGAUUAAGUAUAGCGCUCUAGCCCACUGCUCACUGGAGACUCAUCCCAUGGGGCUAAGCACCCUGCUGACUAACUUCUGUAGACCACAUUAGGCGAAUAAGUCGAAUGCAUCACACCAGCUGAUGUCAGCUCUGUCCUCAGCUCUACUUUGCACCAACCCAGGAGGAAGCUUGCAGGGCACAGUGACAUUUGCUUGUAUUCCAGUACAGGUAGAGACGGGGCUCAAAGGUUCAAGUUCAAUGUCAGCUUGGAACUGUAUGAGGCCCUGUCUAAAACAUCAAAAUGGGGAGAGGGAGUACAAAGUUUUUGUUAAUUGCUUCUUAGUAAAGUAUUCUUCUUGAACAA